GAGCUCAAGACGAUGCAAGCAUUCCUCGUGGCUGAUGAGAAAACAAAGAAGAAAAACAUGCUACUGAAGGUGUGGGCAGAGCAAGUAAGAGAUCUAGCAUAUGGUAUUGAGGAUUGUCUUGAUGAAUUUAUGGUGCAUGUGGGAAGCCAGAGCCGUUCUCGACGGCUGCUUAAGCUGAACGAUCGGCAUCGGAUUGCCAGCCAAAUCCGUGAUCUCAAAGCAAGAGUUGAAGAAGUGAGCAAUAGGAAUGCACGCUAUAACUUGAUCAACGCUGAUGCCUCCAGCAACAUUGACGAGGUGAAUGCCAGCAUGGAAGAUGUUCGUAGCCACUCAGCUGGUAACAUUGAUGAGGCAGAGCUUGUGGGCUUUGUUAACCCUAAAGAGGAGUUGAUUAAGAUGGUGGAUGUUAACUCCAGAGAUGGUCUUUCGAAGGUGAUAUGUGUCGUUGGCAUGGGCGGUUUAGGCAAGACUACUCUAGCAAGGAAGGCAUAUGAUAGCAAGGAAGAUAUUGUGAAUAAAUUUGCUUGUUGUGCUUGGGUCACAGUCUCACAGUCAUUUUCGAAGAUAGAGAUGCUCAAGGAGAUGAUAAGUCAACUUUUGGGUACCGAGUCACUGAGGAAAUGCUUGAAAGAACUUGAACAGAAGGCAAUGCAAGUAGAGCAUCUCGCCAACUACCUCAGAGAAAAGCUAGAGGACAAGAAAUACCUUAUUGUUCUUGAUGAUGUGUGGACCAUAGAUGCCUGGAAUUGGAUCAAAUAUAUUGCUUUUCCUAUUAGAAACAAUAAAGGUAGCCGAAUAAUAGUAACAACACGAGAUGUGGGCUUGGCUGCGCAGUGCACUUCAGAAUCACUUAUCUACCACCUUAAGCACCUACAAAUAGAGGAUGCCACAAAUUUGCUACUAAGAAAGAGUGGCAAAACACGGGAAGACAUGAAAAAUGAUAAGAAAAUGAUGGCAGUGGUCAACAAAAUUGUAAAGAAGUGUGGUGGUCUACCGCUGGCUAUACUCACUAUAGGAGGCAUGCUUGGCAACAAAAAGGCAACAGAGUGGGAAAGUAUCUAUACACAAAUCCCAUCAGAGCUUGAGAGCAACCCUAGCCUAGAAGCAAUGAGGAGGAUAGUUACUCUAAGCUACAAUAGCUUGCCGUCUCAUCUCAAGUCAUGCUUUCUGUAUCUAAGCAUCUUUCCUGAGGAUUUUGAAAUCAAAAGGAGGCGUUUGGUAGAUAGAUGGAUAACAGAGGGGUUUGUUAGAGCCAGAGGUGGAGUAAACAUCAAAGAUGUUGGAAUAAGUUAUUUCACCGAGCUAAUCAACCGAAGCAUGAUUCAGCCCUCAAAAGUGAGCAUAGAAGGACAUAUUAAGAGUUGCCGAGUCCAUGAUAUCAUGCGUGAUGUGAUGGUCUCGAUAUCCAGGGAAGAAAAUUUUCUGUACUUGGCAGGAGAUAAUGCAACUACUAUAGCAGAGGGGAACUUCCGUCAUGUAGCAUACCAUGGUAGUAAGUGCCCAAAAUUAGGCGUGGAUUGUAGCCAUGUUCGUUCAUUAACCAUGUUUGGUGAGAGAUCCAUGGAGCCAUCAUCUUCAAUUUGUUCACCUGACAUGAGAAUGCUCCGAGCCUUGGAUCUAGAGAACGCACAGUUUGAAGUGACACAAAAGGAUAUCAGCAACAUAGGAUUGUUUCGUCACUUGAAGUAUCUGAAUUUUUCUUAUCCUCAAGGAUAUUCACAUAUUUACAAACUACCUAGAUCCAUAGGGAAAUUACAAGGCUUGCAUACUUUGAACAUAACAGACAGUUAUAUUACAGAACUGCCAACUGAGAUUAGUAAACUCAAGAGUCUGCAUAGUCUCCGUUGUACCAGAAAGAGAUCCUAUAAAUGGUUUGUCCUGGGUGAACCCAAGGAAUGCUUUCUGAACACAUUAUGUUUGCCCAUGCCGUUCACACCUUUGUUUAAUUCUAGUGAGCAUGCUGAGGCAGUUGCAGAGCUACACAUGGCAUGGUCUAGCAAUGGGUCAGAGUCAGAAGGUGUGAGUGUGCCAAAAGGAAUCGGCAAAUUAAAAGAGCUGCAAAUACUAGAGGUUGUAGACAUCAGCCGAACUAGUUGCAAAGCAAUUAAAGAGCUAGGUGAGCUUGUGCAGCUGAGAAAACUGAGCGUGGUAACAGAAGGGGCCACCAAGCAAAAAUGCCAGCUACUCAGUGAUGCCAUUGAGAAGCUCACUUGCCUCCGCUCCCUUAAAGUGGUUGGUUCACUCAAGUGGAUGCAUGUUGUUUCCUCUCCUCCUCCCCUGUUGAGGAGCCUGAAGUUGUAUGGACACCUUGGAGCGGUUCCUGGCUGGUUUGGCAAUCUAAUGCAUUUGGUCAAGCUUUCCUUAGGGGGCAGCGUAAUAAAGGAAGAAGGUAAAAUCAUGGAAAUACUAGGGCCACUUCCCAACCUCAUGGAGCUUGGUCUUAGAAGCGGCUCUUAUACUGGGGAGACGUUAGUGUUCAGAACGGGAGCAUUCCCAAAUCUCAAAAUACUUGAUAUUUGUGAUGUGCAGCAACUGAGAGAGUUGAUAUUCGAGGAGGGCGCCUCGCCGCAGCUGGGAAAGAUAGAAAUCGAAGUCUGCCAGUUGAAAUCAGGGAUUAAUGGUAUCAAGCACCUUGCAAGUCUCAAGGAGAUUUGUCUUAAUUGGUGUGGUGAAGUGGCCGGGCUUGGUAUGUUGCGACGUGAAUUGGAGGCACACCCCAACCACCCCGUGCUGCGACUGCAUGACGAACAGAGCUAUCACGACCUGGGUGACAUUGUCCAAGGAUCCACUAUUGGAGUACAUGUGGAUGAAGCAACGGAGGCGGAGGAAUCAUCACCUCUCCAUCCCGAGCAUGCAGCAGCGGGGGAGAGCUCCUUGUCGCAGGUGGUGGUCAGAACGACGGGGGCGACAGCAGCCAAGACCCUGACAUAAGGGAGGUCCAAGGCUCUGCUUUGGUGGAAGACGAUUUCUGGUCCUGCAAUUCUCACGACGACGAUGAUGCUUGAUGAUUGGUUAAUGCUGCCCCCUUCUUUGUUCAGAUCCAUUGCUUCUUCUCGAAGACGCCCCCACAGGUUGACGCAUUCGCUGGUACCUACAGGAGGAACCGGAGCUUCGCAGACAUCCUAUGCGGCCAAGGGGUACUGAAUAAUAUCAAGCAAAGUUGGAAGGCAUGGGAUUUCUUUCUGAUCCAGGAGGGAGUUCACAUGCUCAACACUCGACAGUCCACUUCCGAGGCAUGAUAGCUGUUGGGGAGGAAAAGGCAAUGGACUAUACAAGACAAGAUACCUGUAUCAAUUAAGCUGCAUUGCUAUGAUGCAAUUGGUCAUCGUGUUCAACUUGCAAGUUCGCUGCUGGUGGACUCUAUGCCACAAAGUGAAGCUAAGAUACAACAUGAUGUUCCUACGCUGCGAAUGUCUUAAGAGUCGUUCGUUCCAUGCUGACAGGCCAGGAGCCAACUGGAGGAAGGGAUAGUGCAAUGGAAGUACUAGAGGGGGAGCUGGAGGAACUCUGACAGAUGAGAUUUGAGCGUGAUGCAUACUUCUGCAACUGAUGAAAAUGUUCUGAAGUAUGGACUGUGAUCACCCUGAUGACUGCUGGGAGAAGACGUUGAAAAUGCAAAGGACUACACGUCUACACCGCACGAGAUGCUGCUACUAAUUAAGCAUUUAAGCUGCAUAUACGUACUGUUAUGCCGCAAUUGGCCAUCACUUCAGCUCUCGAAACAUCCCUGCUGGCUGCCGGCCUCUGAUAUCGUGCAAGGUGAAGCUGGAGGGAUCCUGACAUUUCGCCGCUGUGAAUGGAAGAUGAAUGCAUUGAUCUUGAGGCUUCAAUGUGGCAGAGGCGAGUACACCAUUUUGAGAUCUCGGAAGGAGUUUACAAUUUAAAAUUGUCGGCCCAGAUGAAAAAUCGGUUCUUGGGGAACACCAUUGAAUGGAGUGGCUGAUCAACCUGAUGAGAAGACCUGCAAUUUUGAAUACAGACUUACUCUGUUUUCUAGUACUCUGUUGUUUUGUAGAGAUGGUUCAUUACUCUCCACUUGUUGCUGCAACAAUUUUGUAAACAGUGAAUGAUGACUGCAUCAGUUUUUUUCCCCUAAAAGGAGGAUUACACUCGGCCUUUGCAUCAAGCAAUGAACACAACCAUAA